GGCGGCAGCGACAUUAGAGGCGGGAGCGCGCUUGGGAGCUAGACAACCAGGUCUCGGUGCUUCCUCAGCCCCGAGCUCGGGGACUCGGCGGCGGCUGGAUCGCAAGACCGGGUGGCUGGGGCGGGGGUGGGGGGAGGGGGGCGGAGAGACCAACCCGGGGCCGGCGGGGCCGGCCAGCGAUGAAUUCGCCGUUUGCUCCCCUCCGGGACCCGCUCCGCGCCUCCGUCCCGAUGCCUGCGAUGAUCUGAGCGUCGGCGAGGGCGCCACGAGCCGGGGUCCCAGACACGUUCCGCCUCUUCCCCCCCAUCCCCUUCCCUCCUCCCGGACCGACCCGGCCCGGCCCGGCCCGCGACGUGCGGUGACCCCCUCCCCCCUUCCCUUGUCCCCUUUCCCCCGCCCCUUCUAAGCCGGGCCGCAGCCGCAGCCGCCUCGGACCAGGGACCCGCUUCUUCUUCGGCCGCUUUCGAACUAAAGCAUCGAGACAUAAUGGGGGCAUUUUUAGACAAGCCAAAGAUGGAGAAGCAUAAUGCCCAAGGGCAAGGUAAUGGGCUACGUUAUGGGCUAAGCAGUAUGCAAGGUUGGCGAGUUGAAAUGGAAGAUGCACAUACAGCUGUGAUUGGUUUGCCAAGUGGACUUGAUGGAUGGUCAUUCUUUGCUGUGUAUGAUGGGCAUGCUGGUUCCCAGGUUGCCAAAUACUGCUGUGAGCAUUUAUUAGAUCACAUCACAAAUAACCAGGAUUUUAAAGGAUCUGAAGGACCACCUUCUGUGGAAAAUGUCAAGAAUGGAAUCAGAACAGGUUUUCUGCAGAUUGAUGAACAUAUGAGAAUAAUAUCAGAGAAGAAACAUGGUGCAGACCGAAGUGGGUCAACAGCAGUGGGUGUCCUGAUUUCUCCCCAACAUACAUAUUUCAUCAACUGUGGAGACUCAAGAGGUUUACUUUGUAGGAACAGGAAAGUUCAUUUCUUCACACAAGAUCACAAACCAAGUAAUCCUUUGGAAAAAGAACGUAUUCAGAAUGCAGGUGGUUCUGUAAUGAUUCAGCGUGUGAAUGGCUCUCUUGCCGUAUCUAGGGCACUUGGAGACUUUGAUUACAAAUGUGUCCAUGGUAAAGGUCCUACAGAGCAGCUUGUCUCACCAGAGCCAGAAGUCUAUGAAAUUGAAAGAUCAGAAAAAGAUGAUCAGUUCAUCAUCCUUGCGUGUGAUGGUAUCUGGGAUGUUAUGGGAAAUGAAGAACUCUGUGAUUUUGUAAGAUCCAGACUUGAAGUCACUGAUGACCUUGAGAGAGUGUGCAAUGAAGUAGUGGACACCUGCUUAUAUAAGGGAAGUCGAGACAACAUGAGUGUGAUAUUGAUCUGUUUUCCAAGUGCACCAAAAGUAUCACCAGAGGCAGUGAAGAAAGAGACAGAGUUGGACAAGUACCUGGAAAGCAGAGUAGAAGAAAUCAUAAAGAAGCAGGGCGAAGGCGUACCAGACUUAGUCCAUGUGAUGCGCACAUUAGCAACUGAGAACAUCCCAAACCUCCCACCAGGGGGUGAAUUGGCAAGCAAGCGGAGUGUAAUUGAAGCAGUUUACAAUAGACUGAAUCCUUUCAGAAAUGAUGACACUGACUCUACAUCAGCUGAUGAUAUGUGGUAAAAACUUCUCAUCUAGCCUGGAGUUUACCUUCAUCCUCCCAAGGAAGUACACCCCAACUUCACUGAACCUUCUUAACAUCCAUCUUCAAUAUAAAAGAAGGGGAUACUAUAAGGGUGAGCAAGAUGACACCACAGAACCACAGCAGUACAACAACUAGCCCAGAACUGAUCUUUUUUUUUUUUUUAUAAAAUUGAGAUUUAUGUAAACGUGAUUUCAAACCAUAAUUCAUAUUGUAAAUCAGACUUCAGCAAUUUUUGUUGUAUGAUUUUUUUUUGGUAAAGUGCAAUUGUCCUUGUACAAAAUGCUCAUAUUUAAUUAUGAACUGCUUUAAAAAUACCUAUCAAAGUUUAAAAUGUUUGGCUUGUUGUGUGAUGCAACAGAUAGGUGGGUAGCCCUUUAAAUUCAUGUUGUGUUUUUGGAUCUGGGGGUGGGGGUGGGGGGAAGCGGCAACCUGGCCAGUGAGAUGCUCAAAAAUACACAUGAUUAUGAAUUUCAAAAAUCUUAAAGAGAUGAACAUCCAUGAAGUUAUUUCAAACACCCUUAAUUUUCUUGGCAGUGGGCUAGCAUAAGAAGUGAGCUAGUUCAUUCAUAAACUCUUUCAGGAUGUUUUUUUCCUUGUUGCCGCUUAUUAUUGCAGGUAAUAGUGUAUUCAUAAGAAUAUUGAUCUUGGGGCUAGAAUGCCUUGAUUCUUUGCACCUCUUUUGCAAGUCCUUACAUUAAAUAACUAAUUGAUAAGGAACAGCUUCCUACAUAGAGUAGGAAUCUGUAGCAUUUUUACUAUCAUGAUUGGCUGGGCCUGCUGCUGUUCCUAGUAAAAUAUUCUGAACUCCAUUUUAUCAAUAAAGCUUGAUUUUAACAAACAAGACAUUUAAUCAUGUAUGUGUAAUUCCUCUUUUCCCCCCUGCCUUUUAAAAUGCCGUGUCAUUGUAAAUGAGGGGUUUCAGGUAUGUAGACAUGAAAACCCAUUUUUAAAUGGACCAGUGUUGCCCAAGGCAUAGAUGGAAUUUCUCCCCCUCCUUUAGAUGGACUAGAGGUUUUAAGUCACUAUUAUUCCUUAAUCUGUUUUAAAUGGGUUUCUUUCAGACUGCCUCUUUUUCAUUCAGAAGUGCAUCAGCUUUAAUGAAAAUGUUAGUUGAAGCCUGACAAUCUAACACUAUGAUGUGUGUGAAUGUGUUUGUGUGUUUUAAUUGACCCACUUAUUUAGAAUACUAGUGGUUAAAAAUACAUAUGUGAUUUGAAAUAGAGCAUGUUGACCACAUUUAAACACAUUUAAACAUUGAUCACUUAAAAAUAACUUUGAAAAGAUAAAGAAUUAUAGAUAUCAAAAUAAAAUUACCUUAUUUUAGGCUUACCUUCUCCCUUUAAUCAGAUGAAAGUAAGUUUUCCAAUCAGUCAUGUUGACAAGCUACUGUUUUGUGCUCUUUUGUAUUGUCUCUUUAGGUUGAGAAUAUUGUAUUAUUAGUAUGUAGUUUUAAUUAUUCAAUAGGCAGACUUCUUCACAGGAAAGUCAUUAAAAUGUAAGAUUUAACCCUUCAUCUAAUACAGAAUCAAAUCUUGGUGUAAAAAUGUGAUAUAAUGCUAUUUACUCUAUUUGUCUUUCCCCUAAUUUGGAAAGACACAUAAGUGUGUAUAUAUACAUGAAUAUGUAGCCUUAAAACUAAUGCAAGGUUAAAGAAUAUUGGAUAAAGUAAUUUAAAAUGUCUCAGAUUUAAGUAUAGCUAAUAUACCAGCAAAAUCCUUCUUUUCCCUCGUGUGUUAGGGUAAUUAAAUGUAGUUUGUCUUUCUGUAUCCUGUAUCAGCAUGAAUGAAGAAAGUGUAAGUACUAUUUGAAUUUAUAAGUUUAACAUAAUUUGGGUUAAAGACCACUUCCUUUUAAUGUCUAAUUCCAUUGUAGAAUGGUAACUUUCAUAAUGUCCUAAGUUAUGACUUUGUACUCCUUAUACAAAAUUAAUGUUUAGUUAAUAUGACCAGUGAUUUUUGACUACCAGGUUCGUAUAUACCAGUGUAGAAAGCUGAACUCUUCUUAGGACAAGCCUGUUUUUUACUGUGUAGACUAAAGUCUAGUUCUAGAAACAAUAAACUUUGAACUGGACUACGGAAAUUUUUGAGAUGUAAAAUCUUAAUCAUAUGUAGAAGAAUUAUGGCAGAAAGCCAUAUUUCAAAUCAUAAACACAAAGUGUGUCAUAAUGAAAUUUAUUUAACAGCCAUUUGAGUGGCCCUAUUUAAAGAAAGAGAACAUAAAAACAUUCUACUGUUACAGUUGCCAGUGUUUCUCCUAGGGCUGAAGGUGAAAGAAAUGUCUAAAAUAAUUUAUUCUGGCUUUGUAUUCAGUACUUACUAUGGUCUGAGAACACUGAAUCGAUUAUCUGUGAAUAAACACUGCCAUGCUAGGUACUAAUUUGAUUAUGAAAAAUACAUGCAGUGAGUGUGUAUACUUUAUUAGAGCAAUGAACUAUAUGUUUUUGCUAUAUUCCCUGAAAAAAUAUUAACCAUACUUUUAAAAGGCACUUUUUUGCACCUUUGUUGUGUAUUUCAUUUAUUGUACCUAUUCAGUUUUUGUUGUUGUGCUAAAAACUUUAGCACCUCAGGGGCUGUGCCACAUAUUUUUGAAGUGUCACGUGCUAUUUCCCUUUUGGGAAAAAUUCUUGUGUGGUAACAGUGUUGUAAUGUGGUAUUCCAAAUGUACUUUGAUUUAAAUGUUCUAAUAGAAUGGACCCAAUUUACCUAUUUAAAAAGGAAACGGCAUGUUGUAUAGAAAUCCAGUUUCAUUACAGAUAUGUUCCCUUUACCUAACUUGGCUCCAUUGCUUUGUCAAUUUUUGUGAGUACUGUCAGCCAGAUAAAAUGUCUUAAUGGUUACUUUGGGGACAUGUACCUUUUAAUAGGUAACUGUUUAAUGUUCUAAGCAGUUUUCAAUAUUAACUUUGACUUCUAGAAAUCAAUAUAUAUUCUUUAUUUUAUCAACUCAGCAUUAAAGAUUUAUUAAAUGAAACUUUUAUUUUAGUUAUAAAAUAUUGUGUUGACCUGAUCUUGUUGUAGCAUUAAGAACCACUUCAGAAAUUGCUCAUUUUAUUUCCUGAUUUCACAUAAGUAAAAAAAGAAAUUAGGAUUUUAAAAAGAAGUGAAUGUAUAUACUUAAGACAUUUUGAAUUACAAGUGGGUUUCAUUCCUAUAAUACAAUCCCUUUGGUGGUAUUUUGUACUCUAUCCACUAACAUAGCCUCCCAGUGAAUAUUUAUUGAACUCCUUGUAUGUGCUGGGCACCAUGGAGGAUUCAAACAAGCCCUAACCAUAAGAAGCUUUUAGUAUAGUAGAGAAAUUUAACUUUUGUGUGUGGCUUAGUGCUACAUGUCGAUCAAAUUAAGCCAUAAAAUUGAUAUCAUUUGCCCUUCAUUUUUCCUCUUGGCAUCUUUUUCUAUCCUUCAGAUUGAAAUCCUGUUUUUUAAAAAAAGUUUGUGCUCAGCAUAGGGAUCUGACAUUUGGUAUGUUAAAUAUUAAGCUUGUUCCAUGUAACUAAAAUUAUAUAGCAAACCUUUCAGGAAGAAAAUCAUGAAUCACUUGGCCCUAAAAAUAUGUUUAGGGUUUGAGUUUUAAUUUUUAGUUCUGUCAAAAUGUUUUCUACAGCUAAUCCCAUCAUUAAUUAGCAGCUCAGCGUCAGUGUUCUAUUCCUUUUCAGCAAAGUGGCUGUUUGUGGCUUAAUUGUAAUUUCACUUCCUCUAAUUAUUAAACAUAUUUAUUUAGGAAUUCAUUAUUUUGCCCUAUUGUGCUUUUGAAAAAAUGGGUAUUUGUUUUUUAAGACUAAAUGGAAAAGUUAAACUAGAAGUUUAAAGCUCUGAUAUUUUCAUUUCCAGUUGUACAGUAUUACUAUAAGAUAUGGUAUUAGUACAAAAGGUUUCAUGUAAAUAUAUCAGAAUAUAAAAACUGUUUCAGGUUACAUAGUUUUAUGUUUUCAGGGGUCCCAAUAGCCUUCUUAUAGUACAGCUUUGCAAACAUUGCUGGGGGGAAGGAGGGGAAUGACCAUUUUGGUUGAAUAGCAGUGAUCCAAAUUUCUAAUGGAUUUAUUUUCCUUUAGGUAUUGGGAAAUUUCAUGAUUUUCUUUAUCCAUAAAAAUUUAUUGUAAUAGUUAAUAACCUGAAAAUUUGGAUAUCUGAUUCUCCAUUGUGUCUUUUAGUCAUAUGCCACCACAGUAUAUAUCAUCCAUUUGUGUUUGUUAAAUUGAGGGCCUUCUUUUUUAAAGUAAACAUUAUUUCAGAGUGCUAGAAAUAAUUUUUUUUUACUUUAAAUAUCUUCCAAAUUUCUAGGUAUGGCUUAUUGGGAUGCGAGGAACUGUUCUCUAUUAAACUACAAGUAAUUCUCAAGUAUUCUGAAAAAUAAAGAAAAUGGAAUUUGCCCUUUUCUGCUUCACUAUCAAGUGAACAUUUUCCAUUUUUAUUGACUUUGGCAUAGCUACAUUCUUUCCCUUUUACCUACUUGCUAUUUUAAGCUGUUUGCUCAUGGCCCCAUGAAAUUUCUAGCAAAUGCUUAGAUGAAAGUGUUCAUUAGGACAAUUUUAGCUGACAAUGAAACUACAUUGACCACUUAGACUUUUAUUUCAUAACUAAGAGAAAAAGACGUGGCUUAUUUGAUCAAUUUGCUGGGUAUGUGAGGAAGAGAUAACAAUGUUUUCCCUUGUCCCACACAAAAUGCUUCAUCCUUCACUGUUUGGAUCUAGUUUCUCUUCCUUUAAUUUUAUUAUCAGACUGAAACAGGCCAAUUUAGUUUUGUUUGACUAAGAAUGCUUGGUGUUUAGUCUCAUUAUAAUGAGGGAGGACAUAUUUAAAAGUGUUUGAAUGCCUAAUAAAUUUGAGGGGUCAGGGUCUGAAUCUGAUUUCCCUGGGGUGGAGAACUCUCUAUGUGAAAACUGCCACCACUGUUACAGACUUCUCCACAACUUUAUAGUCUCAGGUAGUUGCUUGGGAUCAUUGACAGGUUACAUAAUUUGUCCAUUGUCCUCUUUACUGCUAGUUUGUGUUAAAAAGACAGGAAUUCAACUGGGGUCUUCCUGACUCCAAGACCAGCCCCUAGCCAUUGAUGGCACCAUGCUGCCUCUUAUUGAAGGAUACGUUAAAAUAGGAUUAAAAUAAUGGAAAAAGUAGAUAUGGGACGUCAGGAGGGGUAGAGAUGAAAAGAGUGGGCCUUAACUAUUUUAGUAAGUAUUAUAGGUCGGUGGAGUGGGGGUGGUAGUCCCAUUUCGAGUCCUAAUGUUGCAUCGUGUCAGGAAAAUCCAAUCUUAAUUUCAACCAAUAUCACUUUUUGCUGCAAGAAAUACUUAGUGAUAAAAGUUAAUGUUCCAUCAACAUGGAAGUAACUUUUAAAAGAAUUCUAUUAAUGUAGCCAUUUAUAUUUUUUCUGAACUCAUCUGAUAAAAAUAAAAUCAGUGUUUACUAUAACUCUUUUAUCUUUUACACUAUCACUACACCAAAACCCUUUAAUGAUCCUAAUUCUGUGGGUCAUUUCAAUUUUUCUGAUAAUUGCUUUCUCAUCAAUUUUAAAGUGUAGAAAAAUUAUGUAAAGCCUUUUUGUUCUUUUGUACACAAAACCUUUUGAUCAUCCAGGUAAUUACUAUUUAAUAACCUAUUUGCAAAUAUGUGUAGUAUUUUUUGAAGCAAGUUAAAUUUGUGUACAUAGUUGGUUCUACACCUACUUUCCUAUAAUUUGGUAAUUGCAGGUAUAAUCAGUGAGUGCCAAAAAUACCAUAUGCAUAGUAUAUUUAUUAUAGUGGUAUUGUAUUAUUAGAUAUUUACAUAUAUAUUUACAUGUGUAUAAAACAAACAAGAAACCCCAAACAACCAAACCCAACAAUAAUCAGAACACAAACUGAACUCAGUUUUACAUUAGGAAGGUUUAAGUUUGGGGGGGGUGGUUAAAGGAGAGUUGCUUGGAGGCUAGGAAUUUAGGCAAAAAUCUGAAAUGUAGAGUUACCUUCUGAAAAUAACUAAUGGCAGGGUUUUGUUCUGCAGAGCAACAUAUACCCUAUAAGUUUUUUAAAUUUUGCAUUGUAAGUGUUGAAAGGUGAGGGGAAUGAUAACGUUAGGACUAAUCUCCCUCCCUCCCCACUUUUUUUUUUUUUAAGAAAUGUAAUCUUUUUCUAAGAAGAUUUGGCCCUGGAAACUUAACUGACAGAAGAUUAAGUGGAGUUUUAAAAAAAGAUUUAUAGUAGAAAUACUGAUUCAAAUAAGGCACAUAUAAUGUAGUGCUUCCUGUGCAUACUUUAUUAUCCACAUAAUUGUCAAAGGUUCACUAAUUUUUUUUUUCUUUUAACCCUUGGAUGUUAGGAGACUAGAUUUCUGGUAUUCAUCUCAUUGCUGAUGUUAGAAUCCAUUAAAUAUUAUGCAUCUAUUCAGGCCAUCUCAGAUUUCAAGGUAUGAUAGAUUAAGUACUAAUAGAGAAGAAAUUGAUAUUGUAUCUAACAUUUUAAGCCACUAGCCUAGGGUUAAUGGCAUUUCUUCCACAAUGUGUAUCCAAUAAAAAGGUUUGACUAUUAACUGGUUUGGAUUUUUUGUCACUGAUUGGAUGUUUUGAUUAAUUUUGACCCAUCUCUAAUUAGUAGAAGUCCCAUUUGUAUGCAUUUUGAAGUAGAGAAAUCACUGCUUUCUCACCCUUUAUGAAUUCUAGUAUCUUCGUUGGAGAAAAUUACAUCUUAUCUGUAGUGCCAUGCAAUGCUGAUUGUUUUUAGCUCCUAGAAUAAUAUUCAAAUUUUUUGUGAAAUGUAAUUUUCCCCUUAAUUUGUAUUAAUAUUAUGAAUGAAGACAUGUAAGCUUAAAAGGCAUGUUUGCAGAAUACUUAGCUUCAUUAUAAAAUUUAUAAUUUUGAGACUAAUAUAAAAAAGCAGAGCUAUUUUCCUUAAAUACAAUGUAUAAUAUUCUCCACAGUGAUUACCCACUAUUGCAGUUUAUGUGAUCCAAAAUUUGUUUACAAUAAGUUCAAUAAAUGUAUAUUUUGUACUGUG